GGAGAGGGAAGUGUAUCUUUCUAGUAGGUAGUUGGAGUUUUUCUGAGCAGUAGCGCUUGACGCUUUAAAGGGGAGCCAUGAAGCCGCCAUCCCGCCGCCGCGCUGCCCCCGUGCGCUACAGCACCAGCGAGGAACACAAGGCGCCGCCGCCGCGGGUGACCUGGGCGGCUUGGAGCAUGCCAGAGCGGCGCCGCCUGCUGGCCGCGCUGAGGCAGCAGAGCCGCUGCCCGGAGAUCGACCUCCCGGCUCUGCAGUCCAGGGUGCCCGGCCGCAGCGCGCAGGAGAUCCUGGACUUCCUGCAGUUCCUGAAGGGCCGUGUGAACACGCAGGUGACGCAGACGCUGACCCAGCAGCGGCAGGAGCAGCAGAAGAACAAGGUGCCCGUGGAGCUGUGGGCGGACCUGGCGCAGGACAUGGCCGGGCAGCUGGAGGCGCCCAUCACGGCCGCUUUCUCGCAGAUGUUGGUGAUUGCUGCCACAGAGCCUAGUAGUCUCUUCCAUUCUUAUCCUCCUCGAUCUGUGCAACAAGUGGACCGAAUCAUCCAGGUACCCAAACGCCUACGGCACCAAGGCCCGUUCAAAGAGUUCCAGAACGUUGGGUCCUCCACCAGUCGGAAUCCCAGUGUGCCAAUUCGUCUGUCCGUUUCUGCUAAUCGGAGCCCAGGAACCCCAUCCUGCAGCAGUCAGAAGCCGACGCCCCCAUUGUCUUCUCCAGUGAGAGCCAAUCAGACCCAAGGACAUCAAACGUCAGCCAACAGCAGCCCAGCUGCAAGCACAUCGACCCCUCCCAGUCUGCCAACACCUUCCCCUGGCCCACAGUCCUCUAGUCUAAUCUCCGCCAGGCCUGGCUGCCUGCUGGCCUCCUCCACCUCUGUUUCCAGCCGGAAAGAGGCCCCUGCCCCCACGCCACUGAUCCCGUCCAGUGCUGACCAGUCCACCGUGCGCCACCCCACACAGACUCAAGGGUCUGGACUGCCUCUGUAUGUGAAUUUUGAAAAGCUGUACCGCUACUUCAACCCUUUGUCCCAUAAAAAGAAGGAGCCCAAGCUCACCGCUCUGGAGAGCGCAGUAAUGCUGGACCUCCUGCUGUCUCUUCCGGAGGAGCUCCCCCUGCUGGAUGGCCGCGAGCUGCAGCACCACCUGCGCCAGGUCCACAGCCGGCUCAGCUCUCCUGCCGAGCCCCGCCCCCUCGCAAGUCGCAAGCGCAAUUCAUCCCCCGGGGCCAGCGAGGCUGCGGGGGCCGACUGCAAGCUGCCGGACGAGGUGGGAGAACCCAGCUCCGCCGACAGUCGGGCUGGGGACAUUCCCUGUCCUGGGAGUAAUGAUUCUGGAGCUGGGAUGGGUGCCAGGUUGACCAGUGGCAUAGAAAACAGACCCACGGCCUCCAGUGGCAUGGCAAACGCUGAUGGCUCUUCCGGCAUGCCAGCCAACAUGCCUGACAAGGAAAAGCCCGAUGAAAGAGAGGUUAUCAGGCUGUCCCUUAUGAAUGACAAUAACAAUGCAGACGCAAUGGAAUCGGUCACCAGUCAAAGAGGGGUUUGCUCAGCAGCCAUAGUGUCCACCAAUCAAGAGAGAAGAACUGCAAGCUCAUCCGGUCCAGAGGGAGGUACUUCAUUACCCCUCAGUGAGCAGCCAGAACCAACGGCAAUACCAUCUGAUGAAGAUCCCUCCCACUUGCGUAGCUCAGAUGGAGCCAGACCCCAGCCAGGUGCCAACAGAGCCAAGCCGGACUUUGCAAAAGCAGGGUUGUGCCCGUUGAACCCUUUCAUGAUCCCGCUGAAGCUUCUUGUGAGGUCAGAAUCAAGACAGAGAGUCGGGUGAAGUCUUACAUUAUGUCAUGGUGCAAGUCCACUAGGAGUGACUUUACUGUGUGAAUAAGUUAUAUUUUAAGUCCUGCAUGUUACAUGUACCGGGGCAGUGUUAAUUUGCCAGAAAUUAAAAUGCUCUUGAUUCCCAGUUUAAGGUCAAUGGUGUAAAAUCAGGAUUACACUGUUAAUAGUGCGCCAGAAAGUGUUAUGGUAUAACUAGUAGUCCUUCUGUUCUUAAUUGACUUUUUUGUAUAUCACUCAGUUCAGUUGUUCAUCUGCAGUUUUAUUUUUUUAAAUAAUAAAAUGUAAAGUUUA